AUGAGCCUCAGUGAGGAGCAGGCACGGGCCUUCCUGGACCAGAACCCUGGCUUCACGGAUGGCUACUUCGAGGGCACGGUGGGUACGGGUCUGCGCGAGCUGUGUCAGGUAGAGGAGGCGGCAGCGCUGCUGGGGCUGGUGUGCGACAUGCAGGAGAGCGUGAACAUGGAGCGCGUGCUGUUCAAGCUGCUGCGGCGCCUGGCGGGCCUGCUGCAGGCCGACCGCCUCAGCCUCUUCAUGCAGCGGCAGCGCAACGGCGUGGCUGAGCUGGCCACCAGGCUCUUCAGCGUGCAGCCGGACAGCACCCUGGAGGAUUGCCUCGUGCCUCCCGACUCUGAGAUCGUCUUCCCGUUGGACAUCGGAGUGGUGGGACACGUGGCCCAGACCAAGAAGAUGGUGAAUGUGCCAGACGUGGCUGAGUGUCCCCACUUCUGCUCCUUUGUGGAUGAGCUGACUGGAUAUGUGACCAGGACCAUCCUGGCCACGCCCGUCAUGAAUGGCAAGGACGUCAUGGCCGUGGUCAUGGCUGUCAACAAGCUGAACGGCCCCUGCUUCACCUGUGAGGAUGAGGAUAUUUUCUUAAAGUACCUGAAUUUUGGCACCUUGAACCUAAAGAUCUACCACCUGAGCUACCUCCACAACUGUGAGACACGCCGAGGCCAGGUGCUCCUCUGGUCAGCCAACAAGGUGUUUGAGGAGCUGACAGACAUUGAGAGACAGUUCCACAAGGCCUUCUACACGGUGCGGGCCUACCUGAACUGUGACCGGUACUCGGUGGGGCUCCUGGACAUGACCAAGGAAAAGGAAUUCUUUGACGUGUGGCCGGUCCUGAUGGGAGAGGCGCAGCCCUACUCAGGCCCUAGGACCCCCGACGGCCGCGAAAUUGUGUUCUACAAGGUCAUUGACUACAUCCUUCAUGGCAAGGAAGACAUCAAGGUCAUCCCGACGCCACCCGCUGAUCACUGGGCCCUCGCCAGUGGCCUUCCAACCUACGUGGCAGAGAGUGGCUUUAUCUGCAACAUCAUGAAUGCCCCUGCUGACGAGAUGUUUAAGUUCCAGGAGGAUCCCCUGGACGACUCAGGUUGGAUCAUCAGGAACGUGCUGUCCAUGCCCAUUGUCAACAAGAAGGAGGAGAUCGUGGGUGUGGCCACGUUCUACAACAGGAAGGACGGCAAGCCCUUCGACGAGCAGGACGAGGUCCUCAUGGAGUCCCUCACGCAGUUUCUGGGCUGGUCGGUGCUGAACACAGACACCUAUGACAAGAUGAACAAGCUGGAGAACCGCAAGGACAUUGCCCAGGACAUGGUGCUGUACCAUGUGUGCUGUGACAAGGACGAGAUCCAGGCCAUCCUGCCAACGAGAGAGCGUCUGGGGAAGGAGCCAGCUGACUGUGAGGAGGAGGAGCUGGGCAAGAUCCUGAAAGAGGAGCUGCCGGGGCCAAGCAAGUUCGACAUCUAUGAGUUCCACUUCUCAGACCUGGAGUGCACGGAGCUGGAGCUCGUCAAGUGUGGCAUCCAGAUGUACUAUGAGCUGGGUGUGGUCCGAAAGUUCCAGAUCCCCCAGGAGGUGCUGGUGCGCUUUCUGUUCUCCGUGAGCAAAGGCUACCGGAGGAUCACUUACCACAACUGGCGCCAUGGCUUCAACGUGGCCCAAACCAUGUUCACGUUGCUUAUGACAGGCAAACUCAAGAGCUACUACACUGACCUGGAGGCCUUGGCCAUGGUGACCGCUGGGCUGUGCCACGACAUCGACCACAGGGGCACCAACAACCUGUACCAGAUGAAGUCCCAGAACCCGCUGGCCAAGCUGCACGGCUCCUCAAUUCUGGAGCGACACCACCUGGAGUUUGGGAAGUUCCUGCUCUCCGAGGAGAGCCUGAACAUCUUCCAGAACCUGAACCGGCGGCAGCAUGAGCACGUGAUCCACCUCAUGGACAUCGCCAUCAUAGCCACUGACCUGGCCCUCUACUUCAAGAAGAGAACCAUGUUCCAGAAGAUUGUGGAUGAGUCCAAGAACUACGAAGACAGGAAGAGCUGGGUGGAGUACCUGUCUCUGGAGACCACACGCAAGGAGAUUGUCAUGGCCAUGAUGAUGACCGCUUGUGACCUGUCAGCCAUCACCAAACCCUGGGAAGUCCAGAGCAAGGUGGCUCUGCUGGUGGCAGCUGAGUUCUGGGAGCAGGGCGACCUGGAGCGGACGGUUCUGGACCAGCAGCCCAUUCCAAUGAUGGAUCGGAACAAGGCAGCCGAGCUCCCCAAGCUGCAGGUGGGCUUCAUUGACUUCGUGUGCACCUUCGUGUACAAGGAGUUCUCCCGCUUCCACGAGGAGAUCCUGCCCAUGUUUGACCGCCUGCAGAACAACAGGAAGGAGUGGAAGGCCCUGGCAGACGAGCAUGAGGAAAAAGUGAAGGCCCUGGAGGAGGAGAAGGAGCAGGAGAAGGCGGCAGUCAAAAAAGUGGGCACAGAGAUCUGCAACGGAGGCCCGGUCCCCAAGUCCCCCACUUGCUGCAUCCUUUGAGCCUGCCGUGGGCACGUGGGCAUGCCGCGCCCUCUGCCUCUGCCCAUCCUCUGUAGAGGAAGCAGGAAACCCACAAGUGACCCAAGACAAAUUAAGCGGUUCUCAUGAUUUUUCUAAGGCCGACUACUGAGUACGACACUAGCCUCUUGUCACACACCACGUGAGAAUAGCAGGAGGCUCUGACAAUAGCACAAGAGCUACGUCUAAGAGGACCUGGGUGGGGGCUAGUCAGCUCAGGCCUAGGAGCCCCAGCACUGGGGGACACCAUGAAUGAGGAGCAGUGCUGUGGUUCCCUCCAUCUAAAGUGAGAACAGCAGCCCUGGAGUAGUCAAUCACGUAAACGGCCACGGCGCCAUAAAAAGUUAAGAGUUUGAAGGGGGCCAGGUGGCGGUGCACCGGGUCGAGUGCACGUUAAAAUGCGCGAGGACCCAGGUCUGAGCUCCUGGUCCCCACGAGGGGGAAGCUUUGCAGGUGGUGAAGCAGUACUGCAGGUGUCGCUCUCCUUUUUUUGCUUAACCCCCGCGCCACCGCCCGACCCCCUCUCCCUUCCUCUUUCUUUUUUUCCCUUCUGUUGCCCUUGUUUUUUAUUGCUGUUGUAGUUAUUAUUAUUGUCUUUGUUGUUAUAGGACAGAGAGAAAUCGAGAGAGGGGCAGAGAAAAACACCUGCAGACCUGCUUCACCGCCUGUGAAGCAACCCCCCCCCCCCCAGCAGGUGGGGACCCGGGGGCUCGAACCGGGAUCUUUACACUGGUCCUUGGGCUUUGUGCCACGUGCGCUUAACUCCCUGCGCUCCAGCCCAACUUCCAUUUCUGACUUUCUCUAUCCAAUGAAGAUAUAUAUAUAA